CAGCCAAUAUACGACAUUGAGAGAUAUGUUUAUUUGGUGGUCUAAGUCUUACGCGUGCUAUUUCAUUAUUUAAAGCGGCAAGGCCAUAGCAACAAAUGAAAUAAUAGCAGUCGCGGAAGUACUUAGCCUGUCAAACAGGGUAGCUCGCCGUCGCUAUGAUACAAUUAUAGAAUGAAUGGUACACCCCAAACCUGAAAGUGUUUUCAUAUAUCAUCUUGGUGGGGGCUAAUGAUGCCUCACACCUCUCAUGGACCCCCCCACCCAGAUAUUUGCAAAGUCCCUCCCCGCUUAUGGCUGCUGAUUAUCACCUGCAGCUUCUUCCUCUUCGCCUCCAGUUCAGUACCACAGCAACCAGCGACUCUAAGCGCGAGGAGCGUAACUGAAAACACUUCGUGAUUUCUAGGUGGAGUAACUGUCAGUACAGUCCUAACGAAGUCAUUACUACACUGCAAGAUCAUAGACCCCACUUAAAAAGCAGUACUGAAGCCAGAGUAUAGGCAAGUUCAGGGCAUUUCAGUAUCCAACGUGCAUUUAUAACGGAGGUCAGUUCCUGAAAGCGCAUUCUGUCUCCAAAGAGGAACUGAAAUAAAGCUCUGCAAGAAGCCCCUGUGACCAUUUGUGCUACGAAUAUUCAUCUAAUCACAGGACCAAACCACUACAGCCGCGAGGCGUCUUCUUUAAGUCAGUCACUACUACUAGCCCUGCUUUCUUCCGCAUUCAGAAGCUGCUUGUUUUAGGUGGACGGGAACUGAACGUUGAAAGGUAUCCAAAACAGUUAUAAGGCACCUGGCCAGGAGGAUUAGAGUCGGUCCGAGCGGGGCAAGAGCACAUAGCCAAUUAGCAACUGUUGCUAAACAGCUGUUGGCCAAGGGCCACGGGAUUAACGGGGAUGGCGAGCAGGAAAGAUGUCAAAUUAGCCUCAUCCCAGAGUGGUGUCUCGAAAACAGUUGCGCCCCUCAACAAGUCGCAGUCCCUUAAUGAACUUUACGAUCUCACUUGCAAGGUCAUGCUCCUUGGAGAUUCAGGGGUUGGAAAAACCUGUUUCCUGGUCCAGUUUAAGGAUGGGGCGUUUCUGUCUGGGAGAUUCAUUGCCACUGUUGGUAUUGACUUCAGGAAUAAGGUGGUGUCCGUGGAUGGUGUAAAAGUGAAAUUACAGAUUUGGGAUACUGCAGGACAAGAAAGAUUCCGCAGUGUAACGCAUGCUUACUAUCGAGAUGCCCAAGCUCUUCUCCUGCUAUAUGAUAUUACCAGCAAGUCAUCAUUUGACAACAUCAGGGCUUGGCUAACUGAAAUACAUGAGUAUGCACAACAGGAUGUGGUCAUCAUGUUGCUAGGAAACAAGGCUGACAUGAGUAAUGAGAGAGUAGUCAAACAAGAUGAUGGUGAAAGACUGGCCCGGGAAUAUGGAGUGCCCUUCAUGGAGACCAGUGCCAAGACAGCUGUCAAUGUAGAACUUGCUUUUCUUGCUGUUGCAAAGGAACUCAAACACAGAUCCAUGCACCACUCAAAUGAACCAAAAUUUCAGAUCCAUGAUUUUGUUGAAUCGCAGAAGAAGAAGUCUGGAUGCUGUAGCUACAUUUAAGGUGUAGUAUCACUGGAGGCUAGUAGAGAGAACCAAAAUAACGAAUGGCAAGAACUUCCUGCUAUGGACAUGACCAGCUUAUUUGGAAGGGGACACAUCCUUUUGUUGCAUUCAACAAUAUUUUGCAUCUUGAGCUCAUCAACUACACACCUGUGCAUUUAGAAACUGUGUUUCUAACACUUGAAGAGUUAUGUAAUAAAGAAAAAUGCUUUAUAAAAUUUUUGUCAAAAGGAUGGGAUUCUGACGUGUCCCAACCUGUGACUACGACUGCAAUACUGAAUCAACAUAGCCAACCACAAAUCAAAGGAGAGUGAUUUUUCUCUAUUUGCUUAAAAUUGCAGGUGUAAAGUGAACUAUUUUAUAUGAUGGACCUAAUUUAUAUUUGCCUAAAACAGCAUUUUAGAAAGACAUUUUCCGUACUUUGAGAUACUCUUGUUCUGUUGACCAGACCUUGUUAGGUUUGUGCAAAUACAUGGCUGGCACCAUAUUGCUAUUUUUGUUUUGCUUAAAAUAAUCAGCAGUUUGUACAUGGGCUAAUCAUUCUAUGUAUAAAAUGUGUUAUUUUCAGUGUCCUUUUGUCGUGUGUAGUUUCAGGUUCUUUAAUUACAAUGUGGUGUACACUAUCACUACACAGAGCUGUCCCCUCUGGGAUAUCACUUAUCUUCUCAGCAUGUAUCUUUGCAGUUCCUUGUUUAAUCAAGAUAAGACAUAUCCUACAGGAUAAUGUACAGACCCAUACAAAACAAAUUACUACACUUUAAUACUGCUGCUGACCAGACAUCAUGCUGACCAUAAAAGUUUUAUAUAGCUAAGCCAGUUGGUAACAUUUGAUCAGCUGCAGUGCUGUGGUGACUGGGCACACAGUAACUCAUUAUGGGCACUGGUGCUUUAGCAAUUUGCCAAAAAGCAAUUGACAGAAUUAAAAUAAAAAUAUUUUAAAAACAAA